UUGUUUUUUUUAUCGAUAUCUUUUUUACUUUCCAGGUGAUCAGCUGUAAUAAAAACAUAUGUACACUUCAGAUAACCGACACUACGGGAAGCCACCAGUUUCCAGCUAUGCAACGCCUCAAUAUUUCCAAGGGUCAUGCUUUUAUUAUGGUGUACUCUGUUACAAGCAAACAGAGUCUCGAGGAGCUAAAAGCUAUCUUUGAUGUUAUUAAAGAGGUCAAAGGUGAUUUGGAGGGAAUCCCUCAGAUGCUGGUUGGCAACAAAUGUGACGAAAGUGAAGUCAGAGAGGUGGACAGUCAACAGGGGCAGGACCAGGCUCGUCGUUGGGGGUGUGGCUUCAUGGAAACGUCAGCCAAGACGAAUUACAACGUGAAGGAACUUUUCCAGGAACUAUUGAACAUGGAGAAGAGAAGGUCCAUGAGCCUUCAUCUGGACUCCAAGAAAACUCGUUCUCAGUUCAGGAAAGAAAAACUAAAAGGGAAAUGUGUCCUGAUGUGAGGGUCCAGACAAGGGUUAAACAAGCCAUAGUACCUGACUCACUUUUAUUGGCAGACGUUUAUAAAUACUUUAAAAAAUGUGAUAUUUUUAAAGGUACUGAAAACUCUUAUUAAGUAAUGUUUUGAUGGGCUGGCAAUAUAUUUCAAAGGUAUGAAAAAAUCAUAAUACACUUUGCGACAAAAAAAAAGUUCUUAAAUUUUUGUAUACGUUCAACCGUCAUUGUCAAGGAGCUUCUAGAGAGCGUGGCCUUGCAGUAA